AUGCCACCACUUCUAAGCGACAACAGCGACGACGAGGAUGUCAAUGGAGUGUCUGCGCAUACAGAGUCUCGGGUCGAAGCUGAUGUAGAGGUCAAAGAUCAGUUGAAGGACGACUUUAUGACUGACGUCGAAGAGACAAAUGGCGCAAAGGCUGCGCAGGAGGAGAAGGAGAGAGUGUCGCCUACAGCUUCCGUUCAGGGCGACGACGAUGAUGAAGAAGAAGAUGAAGAGGAAGCCUACGAAGUCGAAGCUAUUCACGAUCACGAAUUCAGAAGGAAAGGCAAACAAUACGUUCUUCUCUAUAACGUCAAGUGGAAGAACUAUCCUACGUCUGAGAAUACUCUUGAACCAGAGGAGAACCUUGUUGGAUCACGAGACAUCCUCGCAAAAUACCACCACAAAAUCGGAGGAGCUCCUCAACCGCCAACAGGCGGCGGAGACCUAAAGAAGAAAUCCUCCAGAAAAUCACUACGCACAGACAGUCAAGCGUCAGCCACCGAAGACUCUCCAGCACCACCAGCCAAGAGACAGAAGCGAACUAAAGACGAAUCCGAUGCAGAAGACGACGAUGACGGCGGAGAAGACUUCACCAGCAGCUGGCAACCGAAAAGCAAUAACUGGGAAAUCGACAUCAAAGAGAUACGCACCGUCGAAAGGGAGACAAGCGGCGAUCUCUACAUUUUCAUAGUCUUCAAGAACGGCAAGAAAUCAAGAGUGAAGAACGGUGUGGUCCGGAAGAAGUGUCCUCAGAGACUGCUGGACUUUUACGAAAAGCACUUGUCAGUAUAA